AUGAUGCGACCGACGAGGAAAACGGAAACAAACAGUUUUUUUAGGUAUUUGGAUGCUUCGUAUCGCGUCUUUUUAGCCGGUGAAGAUGACAAAUUUGCAGCGUUAGAGAAACAGGAGAAGGAGAAAUUGAUCAAGCGAAAUGAGACGGUCAAGCAGGAGACGAGUCAGUUGGAAGUGCAGCGCGAAGAGCUUCGAAAACGAAUUGACCAGGCCAAAGCAGAUAAGAAUGCCCUUUCGGAGCUUAAACAAAAGAAAGCUGAUUGUCAGAGCGAUCUUGUUAAAUUCAAGGAGUUAGUUGGCCGAUAUGAGACACUUAAUGCCAAACUUGACAAGAAGGUGGAGGCUCUUGCUGAAGUUCAACAAUCAUUGGAGAACGAUCUCCGUGCCCGUCAGGAAGAAAUUCAGAAGCUACACACUCGUAUCGAGAAUCAGGAACUGUCUGCACACGACAUCGAGCAAAUAGCUCUAGAAAGGGCGCGACUGACGGAUCAGCUUCAUCAUAAUCUUGCUCGUCAAGAUGAGCUUCAAACACAAAUCAAAAAUGAUGAAAACCGUGCCGCUAAUAUUCGGGACAGUCUCGACAAUCAGAUCCACGAGUACAGGAACACUUGCAAACGGCUGAAGAUCAUUCCUGCAACCGCAAAACACGCUCACAAUUUUGAUUACACGCUCGAAUUGGAUCCCGAGCUUGAAGAACUUGAAGCAGUAUUGAGGUUAUCGCACCAUUUGAAGACAAACGUUCGGCAAGCAGCAUCAAAACUCAAGCAAAACCGUAACGCGCGCGCCAACGAGCGUCUGGACUUAGCACUUGUGCUCACUGAAGAAUUGGAGCAAAAGCGUGAAAAACGAGCCGAGAGUCUUAGUCGAAAGCAAGCGGCGAUUGAAGAAGUUGAGAUCAAGAUCACGAAUAUCUCAAAUGAAGACAGCUUAGUCGAGGAAGAGGCGAUUAGCUCGCAGCAGCAUCUGUUGGAUGUCAAAAAGGCAUCGGUGGAAAUGACGGAAAGCUAUCAAGCGUUGCUUGACAAGAAUCGGCAUGCGAUUACGAACGUUCUUAUGGCAUGUACGAACCACAAGGACAUGGUCGAUCGUGCCAUUUCGUCCUUGGAAUUUGAGCUUAGUAAGGUAGAGUUUUGA